AUGACAGACCAAGGAGGUCCCAGUGCCCUGAAGCUUGAGGACCAUGACUGGGAGAUUGAUAACUCCCACUUGACCGUGAAAUUAGACUUCAACAAAUCAGAAAGAUGGGAGAUCACCAACCAUGCAGAGUUUAACAAAGGCCUUCCGCCUGCGCCCUUGCCGAGCGUUGAUUGGUCUCUGCGAGAGCGGGGCUUACCCUCACCCGCCUGGCGGUUGGGCGAGAGCCCCGUCAGUCAGGGGCGGGGCUCGGGGGGGGCUGGCGGGCCGUUCGAACGGCGCUGCCGCUGCUGGCGCGGCUCGGGGCGGGCUCCGGGCGCCGCGGGUCCGGGAGCCCGGCCCGGCUCGGCCCGGCUCGGCUCAGCCCAGCGCAGCUCGGCCCGGCCCGGCCCGGCCCUGCCCGGCCCGGCGGAGGAGCUCCCGCCCGGCCUCCCUCCUCUCAGAGCGGCCGGGGGCCAAGCAAGGCUCCCUUGGCGGCCGCCGUGUCCCGGCCGGGAUGGGCCGCGCGGCUCCCGCCGGCUCCGCCGUGGCCGUCCCGGGAGAGACAACGGCCGAGGCUUUGCGCUGCGGGGUCCUGGAGAAACGCGGCAGCCGCCACACUGCGGGGCAGUGCCCUUCCCUGGCUCAGCGCCCAGUGCCAACAGAACACCUUGCAGGAUCCUCAGCAGCGCAGACAACGUGUCAGGUGAGGACGGCUUCACAGGAGCGCUCAUCCGGGCCAAGGCUGGGAGGAGAGCCACAGCCAUCAGAGAGAACCGGGUUACAGCAGACAGUACAUCCUCAGGGGCUCUCCUGCCUUGUGCGAGUGUGGUGCCAAUGCCCCUGCAGUGCCACAGGGCUGGCUGUGGCUUCCUUCAGGUGGGAAGCGUUCCCUGCCUAAAAAGUGUCCUCUGCCUUUGUGGUGCACCUGCAGAAUCCCACGUGAAGCACAAAGCUGGAUGCUCAAGAGCAGAGGAUCUAUCAACUGCAGACCAAGCAGAGGGAGAGGCAGGCAGACCUGGAGCAGAAAUGCAGCCAGAGCAGCAGCUCAGCCAGGACCUGGGGGCCAGCCACCAGCUACGGAAAGGAGCUUGGAGCAGGAGUCUGGUUGGUGCAUCCAUGCUGGGCUAUAGAGGCCACAGAUCCCACGGUGGUUCCAGGAGCACUCUGCCAGCCUCAGCCACCCGCAGCUCAUGGGCUCAGGAAGCAGAAAUGGGGUCUUGCAUUCCAUCAAUCACAGCCCCAAGCCUAAUUCCUGAGGAGGAACAGAGCUACAGCAGCUGAGACUGCAGUGAGCUCUUGUGAGAAAGAUGGUGCAAAUGCCCCAGAUCUUCAGCAAGAUUAGGACCAUCUGGCUGAGUCAUACCUUGGAGACUGGGGACAGCUGCUAAACAUCUGGAAAAAAGAAGACAUUUUAUAAGGUCAGCAGACCUGGCCUCUUCCAGACACAUUUACCCUCUAGUGUUUGCCCACCUGAGGGGCUCGGUAAUGCUGUGGAAUGCCAAUGUAGCCAGAUGAAUCAGUGCUGGCGUGAACUAUCCAAGAGCACAAAUAGCAUCAUGUUCUUGUGAUCCUCCUUUGCAUUUCCUUCCUGCAGGUUCCCGGGGUUAGCAGGAAGGGAUUGACCUCCAGUACCCACGGUCGUGAAAAUUUCCCCUUACUCUGAAAUCAGUAACUUCUCUGACUAAGAUAGCUUCAGACAAGCGUUUGGCUGAACUUGAAGACAUCAAGAGACAGACAUCCUCCUCUGGCAGUCAGUCUCUUCACAUCACUCCCACUGUUUUGGGUUUUUUUCUUCUCAUGAUUGCUAUGCCAACAGAGCUAAUGAAGCUUUCUAUGCAGCAGCAA